CUGAUCCAUGCAGGCCUAGCUUUGAAAGAAUGGCCAGCUGGCCAAUCCGGCUUCAUGGUUAUUUUAGUCUCUUCAUGGACAUUUUGGAGAUAAAGCGGAGUGUGACUGGCCCAGUUGUGAAGAGUUUGAGGCUCGUCACAGCCGAAGACUGAACCAGCUGGAUUUUAAAUUGACAUUUCAUUUUGAAUACAUAAAUAAAGAUACGUAAAAGAAACGAUGGAAUCAAGCAACCACAAAGUUGCAGAAAAAACAGAUAAGGGUCACACUCUAAAAAUAAAUAUGACAUUGGAUACUGAUGCAGCACUCACAGCUGAGGAUUCCCAGUCACGCCUCACAGUCAUUGUCCAAGGUCAGCCCGCCAUUUCUGCGGAGACCGGAGAACCCAACCCCAAGGUCCAACCUAGCCCUGUCGCAGAUAAGGAUAAUGCUGUUAAACCAAAACUCCAAGUAACUUUUGGCACAUUCACUGUAAGGAAUGGUGAAGAUCUUAAAGUAGAGAUCCCAGUAAUUGGGCACCCAGCACCAAAGAUCGAAUGGAACAAAGAUGGUCAGGCAGUAAAAGAGACAUCAAGGCUAGAGGUUGUAAAUACAUCAUCACUAUCAGUUCUCCACAUAAGACGUGCGGCCAGGGAGCACAGUGGUCAAUACUCUGUCACCGCCAGCAACAGUUCCGGAAAACAUUCAGGAGAAAUUGCAGUGGUUGUUCUUGAAAAGCCAGGCCCACCCACGGGGCCCGUGAGGAUCGAUGAGAUCAGUUCUGACCACGUUAUCAUUUCAUGGGAGCCGCCAGAAUACACAGGAGGCUGUCAGCUGGACAACUACAUAGUGGAGAAACGGGAAACUCUAAGCACAGAAUGGCAGACUGUGUCCGCAACGACAGUGAGAACCACAAUCAAAGUCACCAAGCUGAAGACAGGAAAUGAAUACCAAUUCAGAGUGUUUGCAGAAAAUAGGUAUGGAAAGAGUACUGCGAUCACUUCUCCUAUUGUCAUUGCACAAUAUCCUUUUAACGUGCCCAAUGCUCCUGGCAAACCCUUUGUGUCCACAGUGGCAAAGUACAGCAUGGUGGUUGAAUGGGAGCCUCCAGCAAAAGAUGGGGGCAGCCCCGUCAUCGGCUAUCAUCUGGAACGCAAAGAGAAAAACAGCAUUUUAUGGACCAAGCUAAACAAACUCGUCAUACCAGACGGCGGCCGUUUCAAAACAAGUGGAUUGGAGGAAGGGAUUGAGUAUGAAUUCAGAGUCUUUGCUGAAAAUAUCGCUGGGCUCAGCCCAUCCAGCAAGAUAUCUGAAUGCUAUGUGGCAAGAGACCCCUGUGAUCCACCAGGUACCCCUGAAGCUGUUGUCAUUACCAGAGAGAACAUCACACUUCAGUGGGCCAAACCCAAGUACGAUGGGGGAAGCAGCAUUACGGGAUACGUUGUUGAAAAGCGGGAGCUCCCAGAUGGCAGAUGGAUGAAAGCUAACUUCACCAGUGUUAUUGAGAAUCAGUUCACAGUCACAGGUCUGACAGGAGGCCAAAGUUAUGAGUUCAGAGUAACUGCUAAGAAUGGUGCUGGUGUUUGGAGCACACCAUCAGAAAUGAUAACCAUUGUCGCCCAGGAUGUUAUUGAAGAACCCACAGCAUCCAUUGAUCCUAAGUUCAAGAGUACGACCCUUGUUCAAGCUGGUGGGACAUUCGUCAUUGAUGCUGAUUACUUUGGGAAGCCCCUCCCUGCGGUGACGUGGUCGAAGAACGGAAAAUUAAUUGACAAAAAAACACAGAGAACAGAGGUUAAAAACACCUUGACUCAUACAACUCUGACAGUGAGGGACUGUACACGAGCGGAUGGGGGACACUUUGUCUUGAGCCUCAGCAACAUAGGUGGAACAACAUCUAUCCCUGUUGUUGUGAAGGUGCUUGAUAGACCUGGUCCUCCAGGUGGACCUCUGAAGGUAAAAGUUGUCAGUGCAGAGAAGUGUAAUCUUCACUGGAAUCUUCCGUUAAAUGACGGGGGUGACAACAUUUCCCACUACAUAAUAGAGAAAAGGGAGACCAGCCGUGUUACAUGGACGGGGGUUGACCCUCACGUUGAAGCCGUCAGCUACAAAGUGUCAAAACUUGUGCCCGGUAAAGAGUAUAUAUUCAGGAUUGCUGCUGUGAAUAAAUUUGGUGUUGGUGAAUUUCUGGAAUCAGAUGCCUUUAUUGCACAAAACCCUUUUACAACACCUGGCGCACCUUCUACCCCUACAGCCAGCGCUGUGACUGGUGACUCAAUGGUGCUAUCAUGGGAAAGGCCUGAGCAGGACGGCGGCUCGGAGAUUGAUGGCUACAUCCUUGAGAAAUGUGACAAAGAAGGUGUCAGAUGGACCAAAUGCAACAAGAGAAGACUAAGCGAUUUGCGCUUCCGAUGCACAGGACUGGCUGAGGGACAUCACUUUCAGUUCAGAGUAUUCGCAGAGAAUGCUGCAGGUGUUGGUCCACCCAGUGAGCCAAGCGAGUAUAUAAAAGCAUGUGAAGCUACCUACCCACCUGGGCCCCCUACCAACCCCAAAGUGACAGACUUUUCCAGCAGCACUGUGUCUCUGAGCUGGUCAAAGCCCAUCUAUGACGGUGGAGCAGCUGUCAGUGGAUUCGUCGUUGAGAUGAAGGAGGCAGCAGAAGACGAGUGGAUCGCGUGUACACCCAGCACAGGUGUAGAGGACACAAACUACACCGUGAAGAGACUGAGAGAAAAUGUAAAGUAUGAUUUUCGUAUAAGUGCCAUGAAUGCCAGUGGAGUUGGGGAGUAUGCAGAGCUGCCGGGGUCUGUGGUAGCUGCUGAGAAACUGGAGGCCCCUGAAAUUGAGUUGGACGCUACCUUGAGGAAAAUUGUAAUUGUUCGAGCCUGUUCCACAUUACGUCUCCUUGUUGCCAUCAGAGGAAAGCCAGAGCCUGAGGUUAGAUGGUCAAAAGAUGGGGGCACUGUCAGUGAGCGUGCGCAAAUUGAGGUCACGAGCUCCUGUACAGAGUUAUUGAUCGAGAAUGUCAACAGAAACGAAGCAGGGAAAUACAUACUGACUGCCGAGAACUGCUGCGGCUCUAAAUCUGCAUUCAUCAACGUCAGAGUGUUGGACUCUCCGAGUGCACCAACAAACUUGGAGGUGAAGGAUGUAAAGAGGAACUCUGCGUUGAUCUCUUGGGAGGCUCCUCUCAUUGACGGAGGAUCAAAGAUUUCACACUACAUCGUAGAAAAGCGGGAGGAGGCCAGGAAGGCAUUCACAAGCGUCUGCGGCAACUGUGUGAGAAACUCAUUCAAGAUUGACAACCUCACCGAAGGGAGCUUCUAUUAUUUCCGUGUUCUGGCUGUGAAUGAGUUUGGUGCUGGACUGCCAGCAGAGACCACUGAGGCUGUUAAAUUGUCUGAGGCUCCUCUGUGUCCUGGCAAAAUAUCUCUCAGCGAUGUUACAUGCAAUGGUGCAAGACUGUCUUGGGAGAAGCCUGAACAUGAUGGUGGAAGCAAAAUCACAUGUUAUAUUGUAGAAAUGCAGGUGAAGGGAGAUGACUCGUGGACAAUGUGUUCAGAGGGUAAAGCACUGGAAGUGACUAUUGAUGGGCUGGCCAAAGGAAAGGAGUAUUUGUUUAGAGUCAUUGCUGUGAACGAAAAAGGAAAAAGUGAACCAAAGUUCCUCUUGGCACCUGUUGAAGUAAAGGAUACCAGAGCUGAACCCAUUAUCAACUUGCUCUCCAAGACAUUCAGCGUAAAGGCAGGCAACGACUUAAAGAUUGAUGUUCCAUUCAAGAGUGGACCUACAACAACAGUUGCCUGGAAGAAAGAUGGCAACUUGCUGAAAGAGACUAGCAGAGUGAACACACACACAUCGGACACAUCAUCUCAGAUCAUUGUCAAAGAUGCAUCCCGAAUAGACGCUGGCAUGUAUGAGGUGACUUUAACCAACUCAACUGGAACCACAUCUGCUGAAAUCUUUGUCAAUGUGUUUGAAAAACCUGGACCACCGAGUGAGCUCAGUGUGGAUGAAGUCAGUGCUGACUCUGUGUCUUUGUCUUGGCAGCCCCCACAUUACACUGGUGGAUGUCAGAUCAGUAAUUAUGUCGUUGAGAAGCGAGAAGCAGGCAGCACAAUAUGGCAAACUAUGUCAGCAACGGUCGCCAGAACAUCAAUGAAGGUGUGCCGUUUGACACAGGGCACAGAAUAUCAUUUUCGUGUUGCCGCGGAGAACCGCUAUGGCAAAAGCCAUUUUGUUGAGUCUGACCCUGUUGUUGCCCAGUAUCCUUUUAAGCCCCCUGGUCCACCAACCAAUCUCCGUAUCCUUAGUGCCUCAAAGUCCGUCAUGGUGGUUGCGUGGAGCAAGCCAGACAGCGACGGUGGCAGCCCCAUUAUCGGUUAUCAUGUUGAAUGCAAAGAUCAAAGCAGUAUUCUGUGGUCAAAGUUAAACCGAAGCCCGGUGACUGAGAACCAAUUCAAGGUAACAAGUGUGGAAGAAGGUCUGAUAUAUGAGUUCAGGGUCUGUGCUGAGAAUAUGGCUGGUGUUGGACCAUGCAGCAAGGCAUCUGAACCUGUAACAGCAAGAGACCAGUGCGACCCCCCGCGCAACCUCACUGUCACCAACAUAACAAACAGCUCAGUUUCCCUCGCAUGGGACAAACCAGAAUAUGAUGGUGGUGCUAAAAUUACCGGGUAUAUCGUUGAGCGUAAAAAACUGCCAGAUACUUGCUGGCUUAAGUGCAACUUCGCACACUUACUGGACACCUUCUUGGAAAUUACUGGCCUCUCAGAAGGUGAACAGUAUGAUUUUCGUGUGAUUGCGAAGAAUGCAGCAGAGCUCUUCAGUGCCCCCUCUGAAACCACCGGACCUCUCACAGUACAGCACGAUGUGGAGCCACCCAAAAUUAUCAUGGAGGACAAAUUUAGACAGGUGGUUGUUGUCAAAGCAGGAGACCUCCUAAGAAUAGAUGCUGACAUCUGUGGCCGCCCCAACCCAACGGUGAUCUGGUUGAAGAAUGGUAGAAAUAUCGACACCAAGGGACGCGUUGAGAUAACUGCAACAAAGACCCACACCUCUCUACUUAUCAGAGAAAGUGUUAGGAAAGACUCGGGACAGUAUCUUCUGACCCUGCAGAGUACAGGGGGUACCACAUCUAUGGCCAUUCCCUGCAAAGUUCUGGACAGACCCGGGCCACCUGCUGGACCUCUAGAAGUGUCUGGACUCUCAGCAGAGAAAUGCAGCGUGUCGUGGGGGCCCCCGUGUGAGACUGGCGGCGCUGAGAUCAUCCACUACAUUGUAGAGAAAUGUGAAACCAGCCGCGUAGCCUGGACCCUCGUGUACAGUGACAUGGUGGCAACCACUUGUAAAGUAACCAAGUUACUCAAAGGAAAUGAAUACCUUUUUAGGGUGAGGGCAGUGAACAAAUAUGGGGAAGGGGAGACUUUGGAAAGUGAGCCGGUCAAGGCCGUGGAUCCCUUCACCAUCCCGUCCGCUCCCACCGAGGUUGAGGUCACAAAUGUUACCAUCGAGGCCAUGACUAUCUGCUGGAAGAGACCUGCCUCUGAUGGCGGCAGCCAGAUAAGCGGUUACAUCAUCGAGAGGAGGGAGAAGCAGGGUGUCCGUUGGGUUCGCGUUAACAAGAAGCCGGUGUAUGACCUACGGGUCAAAGCCUCCGGCCUGCACCAGGGAUGCGAGUAUGAAUUCAGAGUCUUUGCUGAGAACGCUGCGGGUCUAAGUGAGCCCAGUCUCCCAUGCCCACUCACUCUGGCAGACGAUCCAAAGUUUCUACCCUCCCCCCCUGCCAAACCCACCAUAAUCGAUUCAUCCAGCUCAUCCAUCACUCUGACAUGGAACAAGCCGCUGUUUGAUGGUGGAGCCGCAGUAACUGGGUACAAAGUUGAAUUCAGAAAGUCAGCGGAAGAAGACUGGACUGUUGGUGUUCCCAACACAGAAAAAAGAGAGUUCACAGUAACUGCACUCAACUCCGGGACGGAAUAUGUUUUUAUUGUCAGAUCCAUAAACAAGGUGGGCUUUAGUGAGCCCAGUCCUGAAACAGAUCCUGAAGUAGCAAUGGAGAGAGAGGAGCAGCCCCGGUUUGAUGUUAGCACAGACAUUAGGAAGACCCUGCUAGUUAAAGAGGGCAGCACCUUCACUUUGACUGUGCCUUUUAUCGGCAAGCCCGUUCCUGGUGUGACAUGGGACAAAGCAGAUGUGGAUCUUAGAGUCAGAGGAAUGAUCAACACCAGCAGCUCCGUCACCUCCAUCACCCUGGAAAGAGCGACACGCGAUGACUCCGGCAAAUAUGUGGUCAAACUGCAAAACGUCGCUGGAUCUGCCUCUUUGAUGCUGAGUGUGAGGGUUUUGGAUUCACCUGGUCCACCAGCACAUGUAGCGGUUAAAGAUGUGACUAAGAACUCUGCCACUGUUACCUGGGACAUCCCUGAAAAUGAGGGAGGAGCCCCUGUCAAGAACUACUAUGUAGAUGUACGGGACAUCAGCAGAAAAGGGUGGACUAGGCUCACAGACAAAUGCCGCCGCCUGUCCUACAAGGUGUCCGACCUGGAGGAGGGAGGGAUCUACUUCUUCAGAGUGACCGGCGAAAACGAACACGGGGCCGGUGUUUCAGCUGAGACCAAGGAGGGGACGAAAAUGAUAGAUACAACGGAUUGGGAGACCAAUCCAGGAGCUUAGCGCCUCUUCUUUCUGGAGUUGAAGAAACCAUUUCCUGAUCUUCCAGUCAAGAUUCUUUAUAUUUUCGUUUUGGUUCUUCGUUGAACCCCCACAUUUUUUUCCAAAUUCAGUGCAAGAACUUUCUGAUUUUUUUGUUAUGUUGUAUGUAAACUACAAAGGAUUAUUAAUGAUUUUAUAUUAUACAAGAAAAUGCAUCUGUUUGUUGGUUCAAAUAAUAGCAACAACAUAUAUCCUGUUUUUUGCAAAACAACUGGAAAAUGAAGAUGCUAAACAGCUGUUGGUGUUUUACUUUGGGGUUGUUUUGGGACGUCGGCAUGUGGACAUUUUAAAAUAAUACAAACAAGACUAAAUUAAUUGUUUAAACGAAAGAAACAGUAUAAAAGCAAAUAUAAAGCACAAGAGCGUUUAUGGACAGAUAUGAUGGCUUAAAUAUUAGUGUUUAUAUUUAGCAUGUGCAGGUCAAUAAUUAGUGACAUGGUUAUAGUUUCUUUACCUGGUUCCCCUACAAUUCUUCCAACUAUACAUUUAUAUGUGGUUUUAUUUCUUGAAUGCAAUAUCUUUUAUUUUGCUGAAACUUUUUUUAUAUUGUGGUAAACUGAAGUAUAGUUGUAGGACAGGUGGUAGCUCUCUGGGUAAAUACAAUAAAGGUCGCCUCUAAAGUCA